GCGUCAUCUCGAUGUGAUCAACACGAUUACGAAUACCAGUGCCAGUACGAGUGGUCGUGUUAUAAAUGAACUCUGAAUCUGAAGCACUACUACUACGUAAUUUAACAGUCAGACAAGUCCAAGCCAGUUCCAAGAUGGAGGACAAAGUUUCAACGGGGCAAAGAGUGUUGGUCGUAUGGAGUCAAGGACAGUCCCCGGAACAAAUCAAAGAAGUAGUCGAGAGACUGAGCAGUAAGGUCAGUCAGAGUGGGCGCGUCCAGGUGGAGAAUGACGAGAGAAUAACCAUGUCCUCACAUGCAGCGUCGUCCUUUGACGUGGCACUGGUAGGAGCAAUCAAGCCCUCAUCGCAGACUAACUCCUUCGAGACUCUCGCAGAGAUAGCCAGAAUCCUCAAGCCCAAGGGACAGUUGCUCUUACGUGAACCUGUCACAGAGUCAGAGAAUGGAAAUGGAAUCAGAACAGCAGCCAAGCUUGGAUCAGCAUUAAAGCUCAGUGGAUUUAUAAACGUUAAUCAGAAUGCAGUGGAGGACGCAGAGCUGGCUUCGAUAGCCCAGAGUAGAAAUAUGACCGAGGUCGAUGGUUUGAGGAUGGUUGAAGUAUCCUGCAGUAAACCAGACUUUGAGGUGGGCUCAACUGCUGCAUUACCUCUCUCGUUUGCCCCCAAAGCAAAACCCGAGCCAGCAAAGAAGAGCAAUGAUGUAGCAAAGGUCUGGACCCUGUCGGCUUUCGAUAUGGCCGAUGAUGAUGUGGACAUCAUUGAUUCUGAUGCCCUUCUGGAGGAAGAGGACUUGAUGAAACCAGACCCAGAAUCUUUAAAAGCCACGUGUGGUCCAAAUUCUGGCAAGAGGAAAGCUUGCAAAAACUGUUCAUGUGGUUUUGCUGAGGAGUUAGAGCAAGGCAAACCUGCCAAGGCAAAGUCUGUUACAUCAUCAUGUGGCAGUUGCUACUUGGGAGAUGCGUUCAGGUGUUCAACGUGUCCCUACCUCGGUAUGCCGGCCUUCAAAUCUGGAGAGAAAAUUGCGUUGUCGAGUAGGCAACUCAACGCCGAUGCCUGAUAUCAUUACCUUCUUUCUACACCAGCCUCCAACACCAGUGCAUUACGUGAAAGAACAGUCUGUACCAUGGUAGGCCGGCCUUCAAAACCUGGCGAGAAAAUUUGGUUGUCGAGUGGCAACUAAAUCCAGACGCCUGACCAUUACAUCUACAUAGCAUUAUCACCGCCCCAUGUGUAUUAUUCAACAUGUACCUACACUGUAUAUUGAUCUGCCAGUCUUCAGAUCUAGAUGGAUCUUGUCCUCAAACAGGCAGAUGCAUGAUCUCUUGUCUUCAAUCGCAUCCUCAAAGACCAUGGAUGUUGACCAACAUGUCCUUACCCGAGGCUCGACACCACCAUGUGCCCGGGACAAGUUGGUGCCCAAAGUCUAGGUAUGGAUCCCCAAAAUUUCAACAUGUCUACACAGGACUCAAUGCAUAUAGAACCCAAAAUUUCAAUCUGGACCCCAACAAAAAAAGUCCCAAGCAUUGCCCUACCUCUGCAAAGUAACCUUCGUCUGAUCCUUCAUCUUGUAUACCAGACUCUAUCACCAGUUUAAUAUACUCGACAUGUUCUAAUUGAAACUAGGCAUUCAAGUCUUUAGACCAUUAGAGAAAAUCUUGUCAAUGAGCAGACUUGAUCAGAUGCCUUACAAUCGCCGACACUGGUCAAGUACGUUUGACAUGUCCAUAUCCCAUUAUUCAGAGAAAGGGAUUUCGGUAUUACUCGCACAUCUUUGUUAUCCACAUUUUAUUUUUAAAAAACUAUUAUACAUGUUUACUGAUAAUUUAGAUAUUUAAUGAUAAUUUAGGUAUGUUAUGAUAAUGUAAAUACAUAAUGAUAAAGGUAAUAAGGUCAGCAUUUGAGCAGAGAGAAUAUAUAUAUAUUCAUGUCAUUUUAUAAUUCAUUUGCAGAAGGAUAUAUUACUGAAAGGUUAGAGAGCAUAGGAUAAUGCCUUUCCUGAAAAUUUCCUUCACAGGUACUAAGGUCAUUACCAUUGAAAAAUAAGUUAUGUGUGCAUCGCAUGCUUGAUUCAUUAGUUUUGAAUUUAUUUUGAGGAAAAUAUUUUUCUGUGUUUACGAGAAUUGUACAGUACUGAACAUUUUGUUUGUACAUUUAGUUCAACAGUGGCAAAUGAUGUUUUUUUUCUUUGUCUUCUUUUGCCGGUCAGUAUUUUAAAUGCAAUUAAUUUGUUCAGUAACAACAAUUUUUAUUCUCAGUAUUUGCUUGGACUCAUAUUUCAGGACUCCUGUGGUUUUACAGAAAAAACAAAUAUCAGACUAAAUUUUGAUUUCUCUUUCCUAUUAUAUAAAGAGUGGAAGAAAAGGAAGCUCUGUGUAAUAUUUUCAUUUUCAUUUUUUUGUCCAUUCGAAAGAUGAAUGAAAAAUGAGUACUAACUUUAAAGCAAAUUUCCUUAGGUUGUUAUAAUCAGCAAAUAUUAUGUUAUACACUAGUUCUCACAUCUGCAUCAUGCCCUUUUAUAAAAGAAUGAUCAUUCUGGUUGUAAUUUGAUUUUAAAUGUGUUUUGAAGGUAUAUAUCUGCAAGAUUAUUAUUAAAUUAUGUUAAGAAUGAUAAUGAUUCAAAUCAA